CAUUAAAAUAGGGUGGGAGAUAUUAGUGUUAGUCAUUCCAUAUUUAAUGAUUGGUGUACAUGUAUUUUAUUACAAGAUUGAGAUUGGGAAUUGGUGCCAAUCUCGGUGAUUGCUUUUAAAAAACUGUGGAACUCAUUGUCCACGUGUUGGCAUAAAAGAGAAGAAGGAAUCUUCAUGGAAAAACCAGGGAUGCCUCCUAUAUCGUCUUUCAUCACUGCUCUCAACUAAAACCUCGCAUUUUCCCAUUGAGUAUAUAUACAGGUAAAAUACCCUGAAAUUUAUUUGCUUGAACCGACAAAGGAUAGAAAUGCUGCCAUUAAUAAAGGCGACAACCCUUUGAUUCCCCUCUGAUCUUUGCACAUAACUGUCUCUCUCUCUCUCCAUAGGCCAUCUCCUUUUUUACUCUUCUUACUAUUUGUGGUUGCAGGAACAGUGAACCUUUGCACCUCAUAAUUUAAUGCUUUUCUUAACCUUGAUUUACACUAUCUCCCCUUCUAUCUUCCACAGGCUACUUUGAUUUGCCUAUAAACUCUUCCAUUCUGUGGCUUUGCUUUAAGCUAUUAGCUUCUCUUGAUCUUCCGCCUACCUUUUAUUGAAUCAUCAUUAUCAUUUUCUGUAUCAAAUAAGUAAACUCGUCUCCUUAAUUCCCUUUAUUAUAGCUUGAUAUGGAUUAUCAGCCUAAUAAUUCUCUUCGUUUAAGCCUAUCCAACAAUCAACCCAACCUAGAGCUUGUCCUUGAACCAUCAUCGUCUUCCUCGUCGCCCCACAUUCCAGCUGCUCCUCGAAUUUUCUCUUGUAACUAUUGCAAACGAAAGUUCUAUAGCUCACAAGCACUUGGAGGCCACCAAAAUGCCCACAAACUAGAAAGGACUCUUGCGAAGAAAAGCAGAGAGCUAAGCUCAAUUGUCAGGGCACAUGGGGGAUCCAGUAUCAGGGGUUCGAGCCAUGACCAAAGUAUGCAGUCACCAAUGGCCACGUUUGAACAACAUGGUCGAGCUGGCAGGUUUGCUGGAGAAAUGAGCUAUGGAAAAACAGACGUAAACUACGGCUCCAUGGGAUACAGAAAUGAGAAUGUUGAAGAUGAGUUUAGUCAGCUUGACUUAUCCUUAAGGCUUUGAAAUUGAAGUUGCACUCUUAUUCAUUUGAAUUUGUAGUUUCAUGUUAUUCUUAUUAUACGCUUAUAUGUUUGAAAUGCCAAAUUAUUCUUAAUAGAAAAAAAAGAAAGUCUGAGGCAUGCAUGUGAACAUUUUAUUAGAAAAUAAUUUUGAGGCUAAUUUUUCUUU